UCGCUUCUCUCAGUCCUGUGGGAAUCAUGUCACUUCUCUCCGGCCACUGCAUUUCCAGACUCCCGGUCCACUGACGCUGCUUCCGCACAGACUCACCUCUAAAAUGGCGCAGCAGAACUCCAGCUGCCACUACAACGAGCCCAUGAGCUUCUUCUACAACAAGAGUGGCGGCGACGACAAGUGGGACUCGGCUCAGCUCAUCCUGGUGCAGGUGGUGGGUUCGCUCUUCUGCUGCUUCAUCCUGGUCUCCAAUGCCAUGGUCAUCGCUGCCGUGGUCACCAACAAGAGGUUCCACUACCCCUUCUACUACCUGCUGGCCAACCUGGCCGCCUCGGACUUCCUGGCUGGCAUCGCCUACGUGUACCUCAUGUUCAACACUGGCCCGGUGUCGAGGAAGCUCACGGUCCGAGGAUACUUCAUCCGCCAGGGCCUCCUGGACAUCAGCCUGUCGGCCUCGCUGGCCAACCUGCUGGUCAUCGCCCUGGAGCGCUACAUCUCCGUCAUGAACUGGAAGGUCCACAGCAACCUGACGAAGCGACGGGUGACGCUGCUCAUUGUGCUGGUGUGGGCCAUCUCCAUCUUCAUGGGCGCCGUUCCCAGCCUGGGCUGGAACUGCAUCUGUGACCUGGACAGGUGCUCGCAGCUGGCGCCCAUCUUCAGCCGGAGCUACCUGAUCUUCUGGUCCGUCUCCAACCUGGUGGUGUUCCUCGUCAUGGUGGCCAUCUACAUGCGCAUCUACACCUACGUCAAGAAGAAGACGUCGGUGCUGACGCCACACACCAGCGGCUCCAUCAACCGCAAGAGGACGCCCAUCAAGCUGAUCAAGACGGUGAUGGUGGUGCUCGGAGCCUUCGUGUUCUGCUGGACUCCCGGCCUGGUGGUUCUGCUGCUGGACGGCCUCAACUGUCAGAGCUGCAACGUGAUGAAGCUGAAGCGCUGGCUGCUGCUGCUGGCCGUGCUCAACUCCGUCAUGAACCCCUGCAUCUACUCCUACAAGGACGAGGAGAUGUGGACCACCUUCAAGAACCUCAUGCGCUGCAUCGGUAAUGGCACGCGGCGGCAGAGGUCCACCAAGGCCAACUCCAGACCACUGAGCUCCGGCCAGGACACCGUCAACAGCCAGCCGCCCUCCGAGGAGAUGAAGAGCGACGACCAGGGGAUCCUCAAAGCCUGAACCAGACCAGGGGAUCCUCAAGACCUGAACCAGACCAGGGGAUCCUCAAGACCUGAACGAGACCAGGGGAUCCUCAAGACCUGAACGAGACCAGGGGAUCCUCAACACUUGAACCCGGCUUCUGUUUGGAACUUUCCACUAAGGAUCGGAGUCGACUCAGAACUGUCUGCAGUCCGUCUCUGGGGCGUUUUCUUGAGGAGCUGUGGUCAGACGAAGAUAAGAGAUCUUCAUGCUCUACUAAUCCCCCCAAUGGACGCCCAGAUGCGCCGUCUUGACAGGAUUUUCUUUGUCCGAUUACACAACAACAGGACUGGUUGUGUAAUGGAGACUCCUGCUGCCGUUUCCUCGUCUUGUCCCUGUGGGUUAUUUAAUACCAAAGGAGUCAUCUUACGUUUACACUUUUACCCCUGGAAGGGUAGAAAUGGUGCAGAACUUUAUCCCGACUGUAGACUUGUGUAUAUCUGCUUGAAUUAUCCUGUAGGUUUACUUCACGUGUAGCUUUUUGAAAGAGAAAUGCUGUAACAGAGGAAGUAGAACUUGUUUGUAUCCAGGAACUAUAAAACUGCAGUUUAAAGGCUCUACUGUAAGAAUCGGCUGGACGGUUUUCUGCUUAUUUAACUUAGGUUAGAGAGUCCCAGCCCUAUGUGGGGAACAGAUAGCAGUCGCUCCUCUUUACUUCCAUCCGUCUGGUUUAUUGUCUAGAUCAGGGGUGUUAAACUUUAGUUUUAGUUCAGGCCAGUUCGAUCUCCAGUAAAAUCACAGCAUAAUAACCUAUAAAUACCAACUCCUAAUGGCUCUUUUGUUUUAGUGCAAAAAAGUUCACAUUUAAAGCGUUAUCUUUGUACAAAACAUCAUGAACAACCUGACGUUUCUGAAGAAAAUUAAGUUCAGUUUCAUCAACAUUCAGCCUCAGUUUAUCAUUUCCACAUCACAACUUCCAGAUCACAGAGUGUCUACAAAGGAACACAACAUUUAGUCGCCUGGAACUGAACCACAGAGGAUUAACUUUAUCAUAACUUUACGAUCAAAACGACAGACAAAAAAGACAAAAAACAACAAAAACAUGAGAAAAUGUUACGAAAAUGAGAAACGACAAAAGCGAGAAACAAAAUGACAAAACGGACAAAAACGAGACAAAAAAUUACACAAAUGACACAAGUCAGACAAAAAAGGCCCAAAAAUGACAAGAACAAGAGAAAAUAUAACAAAAAAGAGACAAAAUGAGAAAAGAACAAUGAACAAUCUAGUAUUUUACUUUCUGAUCCAAACAACUUGUCAUGGUCUAGAAAUGAUUUUAAAUUUAUAGUUUUACUAAUUUACAAUCUGCAGUUAAUGUCUUCUCCGUAAUUUUUACACUUUGAGGGCCUGAUUGGACCCUCUGGAGGACCACUUUUGACCUGCGGGCCGCAUGUUGGACACACCUGAUCUAGACAAACCGAUAAACUCACGGAGUAAAACCUGUUUGCCCUGUAGCAUUUUUACGGAGCUGCUGUCGCUCACCUGACCAGCUGUAGAAGACAUUGCGACACACUGGAUUCCUGCAGGUACAAGGAUGAACAGGAAAUGACUGAAAUGACUGCAAUGCCCACACAGAGUGACUUUAAAAGACUAUCCUUGUACAGUAUUUAUGUCACUUAAACUGCAGAAGACGUCGUUGAAGCUGGGUAGUUUUUAUCCUGGGAGUGAGAGGAAACGUUUACAGCUUCUGCAGCGAGACUUUUAUGACUGCUGGACAUUUUAAAAUCAUCAAACUCGCCGUCUUUGUUACAUAACUUUGGAUUUUUGUUUUUAAAUAGCACAUUAAACAUACACUACCGUUCAAAAGUUUGGGAUAAUCCAGACAAUUCCAUGUUUUCCAUGAAAACUCCCACUUUUAUCCAUGUGCUAACGUAACUGCACAAGGGUUUUCUGAUCAUCAAUGAGCCUUUCAACACCAUUAGCUAACACAAUGUAGCAUUAGAACACAGGAGUGAUGGUUGCUGGAAAUGUUCCUCUGUACCCCUAUGGAGAUAUUCCAUUAAAAAUCAGCCAUUUCCAGCUACAAUAGUCAUUUACCACAUUAACUAUGUAUACACUGGAUUUAUCAUUCAUUUGAUGUUAUCUUCACUGAAAAAAUAAUGCUUUUCUUUCAACAUUAGGGACAUUUCUAAGUGACCCCAAACUUUUGAAUGGUAGUUAAUAAUACAAGGUGUCCCUAAAGUCUGGACAGGAGCCCUCAUUAACUGUAAUGUUUUUACCUCCACAGAUAAAAUAUGGCUUUGUUGAAACAAGAACGAGUUGAGCUGGUACUUCUCAGUGGAUGUUAAGGAUGGACAUAUCGAAAGAUACGAUUAGGGUUAGUAGAGUUAGGAUUAGUAGGGUCAGUGGGGUUACUAGGGUUAAUAGGGUUAAUAGGGUUAGGUUUAGGGUUCACUCACCCAUCCAAUUGUUUGUGGGCAUGUGUCCCUUCAAUCAAUGUGAGCUCCUUAAGGGACCCAGGUAAAAGCACCCAGAAGCAUUUUGUCGGUCAGGGUUCGGCUUGUGGUUGCUUUGCAGAAACCUCCUGGAGUUUGUUAGAAGGGAAGUUCCUAAUGUUUCACCUGACAACUUCAUCAGAAGAGGUGAGAUGUGGGAAGAGGAUGAUGGACUAUUUAAAGGACUUCCUGUAAUGGAGGCUGGCAAUGUGGCGCUAUCUGAUUGGCCUGUCUGCUUCACGUGCCUGACAUUGGUCUCCCUACAAACACCAACGGGUUAGAGUUAGGGUUAUUAGGGGUAGUUGGGUCAGUAGGAGUAGCAAGGUUAGGGUUAGUAGGGUUUGGGUUAGGGAAGUGAUAUUUCUGAGGCUAGCAUGUAUUUUAGUCAUGACCAAUCCUUUAGUUUCAGCUGAUACAUUUGGGCGUCCAGUGUGGGGUUUGUCCAUGACACUUCCCAUUUCUUUAAAGUUCAUAACAACCUUCAUCACAGUGGAAAAGCCAAGUGGAAUCCUCCUUGGAUGAUUAAAUCCAUCUGCUGUCUUUGUCCAUCCUUCAUGUCCACUGAGAAGUACCAGUUUAACUCUUUCUUCUUUCCACAAAGCCAUAUUUAAACUGUGGAGGUAAAACAUUAUAAUUCAUGAGAUUUCCUGUGUCCAGACUUUAGGGACACCCUGUAUCAUGUGUUUUUUCCAACUUUCUUUCUUAGAAACAGAACUCAAAUCUAUAUUUUUUAUACUGUUCCAGAAUUUUAUUUUAUUUUUAUUUUUUACCACUUUUAUAGCCAUGUUAGCAGCUUGACUCAUGGAAGCAUUGUUUGUUUUUUCAGUUGAUCCAUGUCUUUAGCUACAACUAAAAUGUCUUUACAACUGCUGAA